AUGAUAACGUGGGGCUCAUACAUGUUAUAUGUUCAACAGGUGUUCGGGAUCAAACUCACGCCGUCGGCGGCGGUGGUGCAGAUCGCCGCCGCGGCCGGCUUCGAUGCGCUCUUCAUCGACCUCGAGCAUUCGGCCCUGUCCAUCAACGACGCCAGCCAACUGUGCACGACGGGUCUGUUGGCGGGGACAACCCCCUUCGUCAGGGUGCCGUAUCAGUGCGGUGACGGGUUCGUCCAGCGAGUCCUGGAUGGAGGAGCCAUGGGGGUCGUUUUCCCGCACGUGAGCACGAGAGGUGAGGCCGAAGCUGCCGUCGCCAUCUCAAAGUAUCCGCCCGCCGGGAAACGCUCGAUGACUGGGCAGCUCCCUCAGUUCGCGUACGCUGCCCAGCCGCACUCGGUCGUAAUCCCGGAAUCCAACAACGUGGGCUCGACCGUCAUCGUCAUGAUCGAAACCCAAGAGGCCCUGCAGAACCUCGACGCCAUCGCCUCCGUGACGGGCGUGGACGUGCUCCUGGUCGGCUCGAACGACCUGACCGUGGAUCUCGGCAUCGCCGCGCAGUUUGACAAUCCCGUGUACACGGAGGCGAUGAAGAAGGUGAGUCAAGCGUGCAGGAAGCACGGCAAGAUCAUGGGACUGGGCGGCGUGUACGACAAUCCCACCUUCCACGGCUGGGCGGUCCACGAGUUGGGCGUGGGAUUCAUCCUCGGUGGGCAAGACUCGAGUUUCAUCGCGAAGGGGGCAAAGGCUUGUCUUGAUGCACAGUUCCUUCUCCAACACGAUGUCUCCCCAGUGAGUGCCGUCUGA